ACCUCUCGGACGUGUGCACGAGUCAAGGCGACACUGGCUCAGAGCGCAGUGGAAUCAGCAGAACAAGCGGCGAGAAAGGCGCGACGCCAAUUCUUCCACGUGAAAUCAGCGACAACGGUGGAAAGGUGCUUUGGAAGGAAGCUAAUAGCAUGUUGCUGGAGGAGGCGUUGCGAGAAGUGGGCGACUUCGGCCGCUUCCAGUGGCUGCUGAUCGUGUACCUGUGCGUGUUCGUGGCUCCGCUGCGAGUGCUGCCGCUGUUCGGGCACAUCUUCAGCCUACUCGUGCCGCCGCACCGGUGUCGCCUGGACCCGUGGCUCCAGGAGGCCCUCGGGGGUCUGCGCAACGCGACCGCAGACGAUGCGGACCUGUUGCUGGACCUGGCGCUGCCGCGGGAGGCCGACGGCACGUUCAGCCAGUGUCACAUGUACGACGCCAACUCCACGCUGGCGCUCUGGUUCGACGUCACCGCGGGAUCGACGAGAGUCGGGAACGCGUCGGCUGUCACCGCCGGAGUCCGCGCCGUCGUGCCAUGUCAGUUUGGAUGGGAGUACGAUUUUUCGUACUUCUACCCGAGCGUGAUUUCAGAGAUGAACUGGGUAUGCCAUAACGCAUGGAAGGCAUACGUGUCCAACACAGCAUUCUGGGUUGCGACAGCCAUCGGCGUGCUCGUUUGCGGUGACGUCAGUGACAGGAUCGGCCGGGUCCCUGUGAUGAUCGGCGUGAACGUGAUGUGCGGCGCUGCGGGCCUGUACACGUACUUCACGGCAGGAUUCGUGCACUUCGUGCUGAGCCGCGUGUUCGUCGGUCUGUUCGUCCUCGCCGUGAGCAUCAUGCCCUUCGUGCUCGUGGUUGAGUACGUGGCUCCAGAGCGUCGCAUGAUGGUGCUAAGCGCGUUCCAGUUCUCGUACCCUCUUGUGGGCGCCGCCUUUCCCUGGAUGGCGUACGCCCUGGCCGAUUGGAGGACCCUCACCUUGGUCUGCGCCGUGCCCCCUCUGGCGGCCCCAUUCUUCUCCUGGUUUGUGCCGGAGUCGCUUCGGUGGCUGGUGUCCAGGGGCAAGGAGCAGCGUUCCAAGAAGAUCCUGUUCACCAUCGCAAAGAUAAACGGGAAGAAAUUGUCCGAAGACUUCAUGCAGAAAUGCCAGUUUCCUCCUCCAAACGAGUUUCACAAGACAAAGGCAUCACCCAUAGACAUGCUGAAGACUCCAAACCUUCGGAAAAACUUUGUGCUGUCACUCAUCGUGUGGACCCUAGCUUGUCUGGUGUACACGGCCGGACAGCUGUACGCGGCGAACGCGAGCCACAAUCCAUUCGUGAUGACCACGGCGGUCAACUUGGUGGACAUCGUGGCCACGGGUACGGCGCUUCCUCUGGCUGACCGCUGGGGGCGUAGGCCAACAAUGAUGACUGCCUACGCAGCCGCUGCCGUGGCCUACGUGUGUUCCGUGGGAGUACCGACAGAAAGCCUGGCGUUAGGCACCGCGGUGUUCAUGCUGGCGCGGGUUGCCUUGACCAUGGCGUACAACGUGGGCUACCUGUACGCAGCUGAGGUUUACCCGACAGCAGCCCGGUCGCAGGCACUGUCCCUGCGCCAGGCCUUUGGCUCCGUCGGAAAAUUUCUCAGCUCUCAGGUCACGCAGCUGGCCAUGUACGGCCGUCCAAUCCCGCUGCUGCUGAUGGGUGCUAUGUCGUUCCUGCUAGCGCUGCUGACGUUCCCGAUGCCAGAGACGCUCGACCAGCGGCUUCCCGAGACACUCGAAGACGGCGAGGCGUUCGUGUAUGGUCAGAACACGUGCUGCAGUUGCGUACGGCUGAAAAAACAGCAGGAAACCUCAUCGCAACGGCCGUCCGCCGGAAGGGCGCGCUCGCUGUCUGUCAUCUCGGCUGCGUCGGCAGUCAGUGUCAGUCCCGACUGAACGGUGUUCUCUGACUGAACGACGUCUGCUACAGCUUCGUUCGAACGAAGCCAUCAUCCUUUGUGGCGACUGUGCUGCAUACAUCUGGGAAUGACAGUGACGUCACUCGUAAAUAACAGUGGCCGCAAAAGCGCUGCGUGUCCGCAAGUGAUCGCACACAGGUUAUUUGUCUUGCCUCGACGCCAUAUGAGUCCAACUCCAAUGGACUUCGGAGUGAACGCUUGCAGCG